AUGGCGCCGACGAUCCACGAGUUGGCCGAGCAGCUCGCUAGCCAGGAGUCGAACGUUGUGAAGAAAAACUUGAAAGAUGAAAUUGAAUCAAUUUUGCAUGCACGCAUUAUGGUUUUGGAUGGAGGUAUGGGGACCAUGAUUCAGCAGUGUGCCUUGACGGAAGAGGAAUUUCGAGGUCAAGAAUUUAAGGAUCAUACAAAAUCAUUAAAGGGAAACAAUGACAUAUUGAGUAUAACUCAGCCUGAUAUUAUCUACAAAAUUCACAAGGAGUACUUGCUGUCUGGUGCUGAUAUCAUUGAAACCAACACCUUCAGUAGCACUAGAAUAGCACAAGCAGACUAUGGCCUUGAACAUCUGGCUUAUCAGUUGAAUAAAGCAUCGGCACAGGUAGCUCGGAAAGCGGCGGAUGAUAUCACUGCUGAGACAGGAUAUAAAAGAUAUGUUGCUGGGGCAAUGGGUCCCACAAACAAGACUCUUUCUGUCUCUCCUUCAGUGGAAAGGCCAGAUUACAGGAAUGUCACUUUUGAUGAACUGGUGGAAGCCUACACAGAGCAAGCCAGAGGACUUCUAGAUGGAGGAGUAGAUAUCAUGCUAGUUGAAACCAUAUUUGAUACAGCCAAUGCCAAGGCAGCUCUCUUUGCUCUUCAAAAAUUAUUUGAGGAAGAGUAUGAACCCAGAGCAUUGUUUGUUUCAGGGACCAUUGUUGAUAGAAGUGGACGUACUUUGUCUGGUCAGACUGGAGAAGCAUUUGUCAUCAGUAUAUCUCACAGUGACCCAUUAUGCAUUGGAUUAAACUGUGCUUUGGGGGCUAUGGAAAUGAGGCCCUUCAUUGAAACUAUUGGGAAGUGUACAACUGCCUACAUCAUUUGUUAUCCUAAUGCAGGUCUUCCUAACACUUUCGGUGGUUAUGAUGAAACACCUGAAGUGACUGCCAAGCACCUUAAGAAUUUUGCCCUAGAUGGUUUGGUGAACAUAGUUGGUGGCUGCUGUGGGACCACUCCAGCACACAUCCGGGCAAUUGCUGAAGCAGUAAAAUCAUGCAAGCCUCGCCUCCCCGCCUCCUCUGUUUCAGAAGGCUACAUGUUGCUGUCGGGACUGGAACCCUUCAGGAUCGGGCAAUACACCAAUUUUGUUAACAUUGGUGAACGUUGCAAUGUUGCAGGAUCGAAGAGGUUUGCCAAACUCAUCAUGUCAGGCAAAUAUGAAGAGGCACUGAGUGUAGCUAAGGGCCAAGUGGAGAUGGGAGCUCAGAUUUUGGAUAUCAAUAUGGAUGAUGGAAUGCUAGAUGGGCCAUGUGCUAUGGCUAGAUUCUGCAACUUCAUCGCUUCAGAACCAGACAUUGCCAAGGUGCCACUCUGUAUUGACUCUUCAAAUUUCUCAGUAAUAGAGGCUGGUUUGAAGUCUUGUCAAGGCAAAUGCAUAGUGAACAGCAUCAGUCUGAAGGAAGGUGAAGAUGACUUCUUGACAAAAGCUAAAAUAAUAAGGAGAUAUGGAGCAGCUGUGGUGGUUAUGGCCUUUGAUGAAGUGGGUCAGGCCACGGGAGCACAAGAAAAAGUUUCCAUCUGCACCAGGGCGUACCACCUCCUGGUGGACAAAGUGGGCUUUAAUCCCAAUGAUAUCAUUUUUGAUCCCAACAUUCUGACCAUAGGUACUGGAAUGGAAGAACAUAAUUUGUAUGCGAUUAACUUUAUCAAUGCAACUAAAAUCAUAAAAAAAACUCUACCUGGAGCCAGAAUAAGUGGAGGCCUUUCCAAUCUGUCUUUUGCCUUCCGCGGAAUGGAAGCUAUUCGUGAAGCAAUGCAUGGAGUUUUCCUUUACUAUGCAAUUAAGUCUGGAAUGGACAUGGGGAUUGUGAAUGCAGGGAAUCUACCAGUGUAUGAUGAUAUCCAUAAGGACCUUUUGCAGCUGUGUGAAGAUUUGAUUUGGAAUAAAGACCCAGAUGCCACUGAAAAGCUUUUACACUAUGCUCAGACCCAUACUCAAGGAGGAAAGAAAAUGGUGCAAACUGAUGAAUGGAGACAUAGCUCUGUAGAAGAGAGGCUGGAGUAUGCCCUUGUCAAGGGGAUUGAGAAAUAUGUGGUUGAAGACACAGAGGAGGCUAGAUUAAAUAAAGAGAUGUAUCCCAGACCUCUGAAUAUAAUUGAAGGACCCCUGAUGAAUGGCAUGAAAACAGUUGGUGAACUUUUUGGGUCUGGCAAGAUGUUUCUUCCACAGGUGAUCAAGUCAGCUCGAGUUAUGAAGAAGGCUGUUGCUCAUCUCAUCCCCUUCAUGGAGAAGGAAAGAGAGGAAAUGAAAAUAUUGUCCAACAGCACAGAAGAAGAGGACCCGUACUAUGGCACUGUUGUCUUAGCUACCGUGAAAGGUGAUGUACAUGACAUUGGCAAGAACAUUGUGGGAGUUGUCCUGGGCUGUAACAAUUUCAGAGUCAUUGAUUUGGGAGUCAUGACACCAUGUGACAAGAUACUUAGCACAGCUCUUGAAAGCAAGGCAGAUAUCAUUGGUUUGUCUGGUCUCAUUACUCCCUCUUUGGAUGAGAUGAUUUUUGUUGCCAAGGAAAUGGAGCGAUUAGAAAUAAAGAUUCCAUUGCUGAUUGGAGGAGCAACCACUUCCAAAACACAUACAGCAGUAAAAAUUGCUCCACGAUACAGUGCUCCUGUCAUUCAUGUCCUGGAUGCAUCUAAGAGUGUGGUGGUGUGCUCUCAGCUUUUAGAUGAGAAUCUAAGGGAUGACUUCUUUGAAGAAAUACAAGAAGAAUACGAAGACAUUAGACAAGACCACUAUGACUCUCUUAAGGAAAGAAGAUAUUUAUCAUUAGAGCAAGCAAGGUGCAAAGGCUUCCAUUAUGGCUGGCUAACAGAACCUAAACCAGUUAAACCAAAGUUCCUUGGCACCAGAGUUUUUGAAGAUUAUGACUUGCAGAAGCUGGUAGAAUACAUUGACUGGAAGCCUUUUUUUGAUGUCUGGCAGCUUAGAGGCAAAUACCCCAACAGGGGCUUUCCUAAAAUCUUCAAUGAUAAAACAGUGGGGGAAGAGGCGAAAAAGCUCUAUAAUGAAGCUCAGAGCUUGCUGAACGAAUUGAUUGUACAAAAUAAAUUUAAAGCUAAAGGUUUGAUUGGAUUUUGGCCAGCACGAAGUGUUCAAGAUGAUAUUUAUAUAUAUGCCACAGAAGAGGACUUUUCAGAACCAAUUGCUAAGUUCUAUGGGUUAAGGCAGCAGGCAGAGAAAGACUCCUCUUCUACAGAUCCUUAUCAUUGCUUGUCUGACUUUGUAUCCCCACUGGACUCUUGUGUUGCUGAUUAUUUGGGCCUGUUUGCUGUGGCAUGCUUUGGAGUAGAUGAGCUGUGCAAAGAAUAUGAGAAGCAGUCCGAUGACUACAAUAUUAUAAUGGUGAAAGCACUGGGAGAUCGUUUAGCAGAGGCAUUUGCAGAGGAACUCCAUGAAAGGGUCCGGAAAGAAUUCUGGGCUUACUGUGAAAAUGAGCACCUGGCGUUUUCAGAUUUGCGUAGGAUUAGAUAUGAUGGAAUUCGCCCAGCUCCUGGGUAUCCUUGUCAACCUGAUCACACUGAGAAAAUCACUAUGUGGAAACUUGCAAACAUUGAGAAGGCAACAGGUAUUCAGCUCACUGAAUCCUUGGCGAUGCUACCAGCUUCAGCAGUCUCAGGUCUCUACUUUUCCAAUCCUGAAUCCAAAUACUUUGCUGUUGGGAAAAUAUUGAAAGAUCAGGUUGAAGAUUAUGCCUUAAGGAAAAGCAUGUCUGUGGCAGAGGCUGAAAAAUGGCUAGGACCCAUUCUUGGGUAUGAGCCAUAUUAACAGUAUGUGUAGGGUUGGGGUUUUGUGUGGUAUGAUCAAUUAGUGUUCCCUUGCCACUUUGUUUUGUCACAAUUUGGAUCAGCAGAGGAAUUCAAACAGGCUAACAUGUGGUAAACCAUUUCAUGCAUAUACACAUGUUCACAUAUGUUAACAUGAGCAAAUCUGUCAGUUUCUGUUUGAAAGGUACUUCUAGUUGGUUUUUGGAACCUAAUUUAAUUAGAUGUGUUUGCAUGUGUUAACAGAGAAUAGAGUCUUAUUUGAAUCUAUACAAUGCUGCACAGAGUCCAUAACCUGUUGUUAUUUUAUUGUGGAAAUAUUGUUACUAAGUUAAGUGCUGAGUUCUUUUUGUUAGUAGCGGUGAAAAUUAAGUCAAAUAUUUGCACAGAUAUGUCCCACUGACUGCGAAAUGUUAAUAUGUAUAGGAUACUGACCUUCACUUUGACUGUAUGUAUAGACUCAGAAAUUCAGUGUAGACAUGAAGUUCAGAAAUAAGUGCUUUCCUGAUUGCUUAACCUAAUUUAAUAUUGAGGGUUUUUAUUAUUAUAAGUGAUAUUUAAGUAUGAUUAAUAAAAUGAAAACAAAACAAUUUACCCUUUUAGGCCCAGAGAAAUCACAUUGUUCUCAGAAGUUUUGUAAUCUCUAUUUGUUAUAUAGUUACACUCACAGUUGGUUUAGCCUUCUGUUCUGUUACUACCAAAACAUGCCCAGUCUUUGUUUUUGUCAUAUGCUAUUAGUUACUAAAAUAUUAGGUCACAAAUAUUUGUCAUAUGCUAUUAGUUACCAAAAUAUUAGGUCAGAUAUGUUUGUGGGGAUAGGGUGUUUAGGACUGGGAUCAUAUAAACUUUCCCCACUUCCACAAUGAGGUCUGUCUGUUGAAAUCUCAGUGAGAUUUCUUUCCCUGUCAAAUUGCUUUUAAAAAAGAAAAUUCUUCAUGCCUGUUUGGAUUUUUCCAAAUCAGCCAAUGUUUACUCUGGUAUUGUUAGUUUAAGAAUUUGAAUGAGUAGUGCUACAUUAUUAGGAUGUUUUAGUUUGCAGUUUGCACUUAGUGUUCCUUCCUCAAAGAGGUAUCUAAUUGAUGAAUUGUCUCUACUUAGUGCUAUAAUAAAAUUAAAGUAAAUAAAUUUACAUUUCUUUAGCUUUAAAGCAUCUAAUUUUAUUAAUACGGGCAGAUUUCUGUGUAAAGACCCCUAGAUUAGGGCUGAGCACAGAAGAAAAGGUUUAAAAUGGGGACUAAAUUUGAUCUUCUUGAUUGUCAUUAAUCAUUAAGACAUUAAGAUGAACUGUCAUUAACUAUUGCUAUAGUCCUUUCCUUAUAAGUGGACUUGCAGCUAUUUGUCCAUGAUAGUCCAAGGUUGCCAAUCAGCAUAUGUUAAACUGACCAGAAAAAUGUACUCAGUGCUACACGUUGGAGAGCUUAAUAAGAGUGCUUUCAGCAUGACAUCAGCAUCAUGGGAACUGCUGCACUGUUCCGUCUUCCCCUGUCAUUUCAGUAACAUAAGAAGCCUAACCCAGCAUGGAGGGAUUUCCCUACAUGGCUCCUUCCCCUAUGGGGUGUCCCUGUUUCCAGGAGAGACAAUGCUUGUAUAGGGAAGAGCUUUCUUUUGGACUUUUCCUCAUGGUCUUGGGCUUCUGAUGUUAUGAAAACCACUUGGGUAAAAUAAGAAUGGACUCAGAAAAGCAAUCUCUGAUCCCUUUAUCACAUAGUUGUCUAUAAUAUGAUUCAGGGCAUCCGAGGUCCAGAAAAGAUGUAGGGUCAUGAUAGGGUCUACAUGUAUGGAGAAGAAACAGAAAACCUUUCAAAACAUGGUUCUAUUUGGCCAAGAGACUCCGUGGAUAAAAUGUCAGCAGUAUUACACAAGCCGCAUCUAUAAACUGUGAAUGGAAAAUUUGCUUCUUGCUUUCUAAUUGUCUACUCAGGAACAGAAAAAACAGACUGUCUCAGUAGGCCAGAAAGUGGCCUUAAGAUACUUUUGUUUUUGUAGAGCAGCCUGCCAACAACUGAUGUUGAUAAAACAAGAACUUUGAUAAUUAAAUUGUUAAAAGUAUGUGCUUUGGGCAUGAUGAAAAUGGAAUAUUUCAAUAGGUGACAAUGUACAUAUAUUUGUAAUACAAAUGCUUCUAAAUUGCUGCCAUAUCUCCCCUGGAAGACUCUCUUCUGAAGAGGAGGACUACCUCUGGGUCAAUAGACAGAGAAGACUCGUCUUUGGCCCAAGAGCCUUCCUCCCCUGGGGAAGUGCACACUACAGCUGGCCCGGCAUCAGCAGCAGAGCCAAGACGUUCCAACAGCCAUUCAGCAUUCCUCCCCUACAUCAGGACAGUUUGCAUUUAGAGCUGGAGAUGGGAUCCCUUCCCAACUCUCUAGAUAGAUGGAAGCUUAAGAGGAAGUUCCAGACAGUCUCAAGCCAAGGACCCAGCAGAGUAAAGCACUCCCCACAGGAGCAAGGUGUUGAUGCAGCUGUGUACGUCAAGGUAUGGCUCGGCCAAACUGGCAUAAAAGACUUGCUUUGGAGGAGAACUGAAAUUGGAAAACAGCAUGCAACUGAAACAUGUUUGCUUGGCAAUCUGAGACCUUGGGCUCCCGCUUAUUGACUAGGCUACUGCUUAUUCCACUCAACAACAGAAUUAUGGUACUGACUGUGGCCCUCUCAUGGUAAAUUCUUCUUUGCAUAUCUCAGCUCUUCAUUUAUUUCCUCCUAGUAGCGCACCUAAGAUUGAUGAACUUUCGUUCUUUGCUAUCGCUCUCUGAACCAGGACACUGACAAAAUGCUUUGUAUAACUACUUAAUAUUGAGAUGGAGUUUUAAUUUAUCAUUAAAAUAUUG